AAAGGGUGAAUGGGCAAUACAAAAGAUUUAAGUGCCUUUGAACGGGGUAUGUUAGUAGGUGCCAAUAUUAGGAAGGUGUUCCUAAUGUUUGGUAUAUGGCAGUAUGACAGUCAUUGUAGUUGGCUUUUGCUGUUACAAUAAUGUCAGAUUCAGGGUGCACAACUUCACCUCAAGGUUCCUAGUAGUGUAUUCUAGUUUUCAAUUCAUCUUGAGUGUUAUGGGUAAACAGCCUGUUUGCGUCUUCUACCUUGCCAGGUCUACAUUGGGUAAUGUAAGGGAGAAAACCUGCAGUGCUGCUUCUCUAUUAUUAUACCUGUGAAAAAUUCUUUGUUUGUGAAAUUGUGACUCCCCUUCAUACAAAAUGGUCUCCCCACCACCCCAUUGAACUUCUAAUCGAUCCCUUUAUGUUUAGUUUGUUUUGUCUAUGUUCUGUGACCACUCUCAGCUGGCCUGAGAGAUGAGCAUUACUCAUUUGAAAACAUGUUUUUGACCGAGAACGGACCAAUGUUGUACUUUUCCCCUCUAUUGUACCUUGUUUCUAACCUUUCACCAUACACAUUCUGUUGCAAUAUAGCUGUUUUUCUUUCUGCUUGCAAGCACUUCAGUACGUGUUAAAUGCUGAUUAACAUUUAAAUCACUGUUAGUUAUCUGGUCGUCAUUUUGUUGACUUGUCAAAUGCAUGAACAUUGAUUUCAAAUUGAAAUAAUACUUUUCCGUUUCCACAUUGUGUUUACUUGAUUUGCUGCAAUUUACAGUGAAUACAAAUAAUGGAAUGAAUGGUUUCCAUGGACUUGUCAGUCGCUAGAUGGCACUAUGCGCCUAUUUUAAACAUUUUGGAACUCCCAUUACCUUCUUAUCAAGACGUGCUUGUUAACAGGACAAACAGGAAGUGCGUAAGGUUUGGGAGAGUAGUUGAAAAGUAUUGUGGCUAAUGUAAAAAAAAUUACGUUUACUGUGCGUCGAGGAAUUGCCGAGUAAAUUGCAUUUGUUGUAACGAGGUGGUCUAUAUAAAUACAAGUCAACCAUUGCUCCUUUUAUAAUUACAGUCGGAUACAUGUAGCCAGCCAGAUUUUACGCGUCACAGAGACUACAAAGGCGUUGAUUGAUUGCGUGAUGAUGUGUGCAAUAGCUCUUUCUUCUUACUAGAUCAUUAUUUUAGGAUUGGUUUAGAGUGAUAGAGUAGCAUAGCACCUGGUUCCAACGUAUUCACGACGUGGAGUGACGAUGACAUUACAAGUGGGUUGCCUAUCAUUCAAGCAGCCGUAUGCAGGAUUAGUACUGGACGGUGUAAAAAGUAUUGAGACACGUUGGCGCCCUCUGCUAUCCACAAUGGAAAACUGCACUCUAGCUAUUCAUAUUGCGCAGAAGGACUGGGAGGCCGACCAGUGGAGAGACAUCCUCACCCAUACACUGGGAAUGAGCCACAUGCAAAUAGAGGAACUUCUAGCAUCCGGAGACAGAUUUGGCCGUGGAGUCGUAGCAGGCUUGGUGGAAGUGGGGGAGACCUGGUGCUGCUCUGAUAAUGUGCCAGAGAAGGAUCUGAGGGAGCUGGAGAAGGCAGCAGUGCACACUGGGCUCACAGAGAAACACCUCACACAGCUGUCAAACCCACGCUGGCUCAAGGAACCCCUUUAUGCCAGAGGUCACAAAGACAUAUGGACAGUAGAUAUCCCAGUGCAAUUACUGCCAUCUGCGUAGUUGUAAUAAAAUAAUGUAUACUCAUUUUGUACUGACAGGAUCAUCUAUCAAGUUAGGGAGGCAAUAUAUUUGUAGACUACUCGCAUUCGCUUUAAGGUGCAAUAAAUGACCAAUGGACCAAA